UUAUAAAUAAUUUUAAAUGUUGAUUAUUUAAUAUACAUAUCAACUUAUUUUUAAAAAUAUUAUUAAUACACCUAGCUUUCCUAAAUUUUAAACAAUUACAUGUGAAUUUUGAAAAUAAUUUAAAUAUUCAAUCUCUGCCCCCCCCCCCCCUUUUUUGUUAUAUCAAACAUAGCUACUAACUUAAAAAUACAUAUUUCAUUUCUUAAUUUUUAUAUCUUCACAAUUGAAGUAUCUAAAUACACUAUGGAUAUUGAACAAUAUAUAGCAGCAACUGAACUAACUAUAUAUUGCAUUAAAGAAAACAAAAACUCAGCUUACUGUUUCCGAAAUUUAUAGUUUAUCACUUAAAUAUUUACAUUGAAUAUAAACGACAAUAAUUUGACUUAGGUUACUCUACUAGAAACAUACAUCUUACCGACUAUAUAAUAUAAAAGGUCUACUGGUAUCUAAUUUUGUGUAUAAAUAUUAUUGUCGACUAAGCUACAUCAAUUUUCAGCCCAUAGUGUUUGUUAAAUAUUCCACAAGGCAACGGAAUGUUUCCCUUAGCGUUUAUACAUUUACAUCUCUUAUUUAAAAUCAUUUAUUUUACACGUAUGGCAUGUCAGAUAUCGACGGUCAAUUUUUGGGUAUAUAUAGGAACUAAGGUUUGAUCUCAAAGAUAUCAUAAUACAUAUUUUUACAGAACAAGAUGAAGAUUGCAAACUUUUCCAUUCUACUUUUAGCUUUCUUUAUUUUUCCUAUCACGUUUGCUCAACUACGAGUAGGGUUUUAUGACAACUCAUGCCCUAAUGCAGAAACUAUAGUUCAAAAUCUUGUGAGCGAUGAGUUCGAAAGUGACCCCACGAUCACGGCCGCUUUGCUUCGCAUGCAUUUUCACGAUUGCUUUGUUGGGGGUUGCGACGGUUCUAUCCUCUUAAACUCAACAGAUUCAGAAAGAUUCGUCGGUCCAAACUUGAGCGUGAGAGGGUUUGAGCUGAUCGACGAGAUCAAGGCCGAGCUUGAGGCUCAGUGUCCCUCCAACGUCUCAUGUGCCGACAUAAUGGCUCUUGCCACCCGUGACUCUGUGGCCUUAGCUGGAGGUCCGAGCUACAACAUUCCCACUGGGCGACGUGAUGGGUUGAGAACAAAUGCGAACGGCGUGUUCAACCUUAUCGGACCAACCGCCUCCGUGGCUGCGUUUCUCAGCUUCUUUGGGGACAAAGAUAUGAACACGUUGGAUGCGGUGGCUCUUUUGGGUGCACACACGGUUGGAGUGGGAUCUUGUGAUCUAUUCCAGGACCGCCUUGUGAAUUUUAAUGGAACCGGACUGCCUGAUCCGUCCAUGGACUCCGAUUUGGUUGCAAAUUUAACCACCAUAUGUGAGGCCUCAGAGAACCCAUCAACAGGACUUGACCGGUCAACGCCAUUGACUUUCGAUAAUGCAUUCUUCGGACAAAUCCGAGUAAGGAGAGGAGUUUUGCAACUUGACCAGCGCCUCGCAACCGAUGAAGCCACUUCUAGUGUGGUGGCUCAAUACGCAGCAGACAACGACUUAUUCAAACGCCAGUUUGCGAUCGCGAUGGUGAAAAUGGGAGCCGUUGAUGUCUUUACAGGCGAAGACGGUGAGAUCAGAACGAAUUGUUGGGCGUUCAAUAACAACUAACUUGACUUGUGUGUGUUUAAUACUCUGAAUCUUGAUUGUUUGUUUGGUAUUUAUUUUAUGGCCAUGUUAUUUUGGUUUUAAUCUGGGUGAAUUGUGAAGCAUUUGAGUUGCUAUAUUUUUUUUUGAAUAAAAUAUUUUCUAUUUAUUUAUGUGAUUAAUGUAUAUCGAUCAAAUAUUUAUUUAAAUAUGGACUUCAUUAGAUAGAAAAUGUAUUUACUAAAUAAAUUCAUCCAGUGAUCUAUACUGGAAACACAUUCAUACUUUUUACAUUUUAAUUUGGUCUAAAAAUUUUGUAUACUAACCACAUUAUCGUGCUUUGGUGGUCAAAACUAGAAGAAAAGUCAUCAUGUUGGUCUAGACCAGAAAUCGAUUUUCUUUUAGUGUGAAAUUAUCAAUCUCACGUGUGACUAUCGUCAAUUAAUAUGGGCGAAAUUGGCGGUCUUCCGGAAUACCUUCGAGGGCGUGUCAUUAGGCGCUAAUCAUGUUCCCUAUGGUAUCUGGAUCUUCUAAGAUCGAUAAAGAAAAAAAAAAACUGUUCAAAUGUUAGCGUUGUAGCUUGCAUACGAAUUAUGGGCCAAUUAAAUGAUAUAGCGCUGCCCCCGAACUUCUUAAUUUACGUUACACAAACUUUAGUGGGCCUCGUUACUCUGUUUUUUCAUUUAUUAACCGGCGUCGUUACAAGUCAAUCUUCCUAGUAUAUCACAUAAAUCAAAAACUUACAUGAACACAUGACACAUCUUUUGGAACGAAGCCGAAAUCGAUAUGAAGAUAGUCUCCCUAAGCUAGAACUCACACAUUUAAGACUUUCUCAUUUUUUCAGUGUAGACUAGACCUUAGCAUGCUACAAAAAUGACCUAUGAACUCGUACUAUUAAAGUAUAUUGGUGAUUGAUUAAAUGGGACGCGAUAAAUUUAUGAACCAAAAUGACCAUAUUUAAAGGAAAAAAACUAAACCUAGAUUCGGUACAUACUCGAUUGGAUCUGUAAAUCCUAUCUCAUAUGGAUCUGAAAAAUGGCAUUUUAUUCUUGAUAGAAAAUUAGUUAUGUUGAAAGUAUUUAGUGUACAUAUAAAUAACACACAACACAAGAAAAAACCAAAGGAUAGACAUUCUAUUUGGCAAUCUAAAAAUAAGACUAUUAUAACGCACUUCGGACUCCAGUAGUUAAAUGUAGAGAAUAGUAACAAAGAAUAAUGAGCUCUAACCUCUAAACAAUAAUGCUAGCUACCGCUCUUAAUUAUGUACAAACUUACAAAAAUCAUAUAACUAUAUAAUAUGUUUAGAGUAGUUUAAACUUUGUAGCUACUUUUUUUGUAAAUAAGUACUACUUAUAGUAUAUAAACAAUAAAGUUCUUGUUAAAAGAAAGAAUUAAUAAGUAGAGGUUCGACCGGACAAAUAAGUCUUAUGGUUGCCCAAAAGUCUCACCUAAGCCGUCAGCACAACAGUUUAUAAAUAAGUAAUAUAAUAGGAAGCUCGACACUCUCCUUUUAUGGGCACUGGACAGUACCAUAAUUAAAGAAAAUAAAGUGCAGUAAAGUAUCUCUAUUAUUCCCUUUAAUAGACACUUAUACACGCGUAUAAGUGGGAAAAAAUGGGAAUAACUAACUAGAGUUUAUUUAGAAUCUAGUCACAAUAAUAGCAAUUAUUAAAAUGGUGAUGUUUUGUGCUCGUGUGUGACACUAGGAAAGAUGUUGUCUUUGUUUAGUUCACAUGUCCUUUUCGCAGCAACAUUGCCAUUUGUCUUAACAAAGGCCAAACAUAGUGCCGGCGAAUGAUGAUUUAUUUAGCUUUAGCACGUAAUUAAAAUUUCGAACGAUCUGAACAUGUAUAAUAAGUGCAUUUUACCCAAAAAUGUAUAAUAAGUGCAUGAAUCUGCCCCACUAUUCUCUGAUCAUUACAUAGUUUAAUUAGUUUAAAUAAAUAAAAAUGGAAAGAUUAGAGGUUUAGCCUUUUCUUUCUUUUUGUGAUGGCGAAGCAUUCAAGUGCGGGACAAAUCAGAGUCACUUGAAACAGCUGAAGGCAUAUAUAAUUAUUUUAAAAUCAUAAAGAUGUACAAAUUUAUUAUUUCAAAAAUUACUUGCGCCGUAUCUUUGGUAUGUUUAAAUGUUUUGCACCAAACUCAUAUGCCCUUCAUGUUAAUGGAAAGAUAAGUCGACGUUUUCUCGACUCCAGGAGACCCUAUAUAUGUUUAAAGUAUAUCAAUUUGAUCUUAUUGGUGGAUAAGGCAUACGAACGAAUAUUUUUGAAGUAUUUCUUGUUGAAAUAUUGUAGAUGAAUCUUAGCUUCUUUUAUUUUCCAAAUCAUCCAGAUAUAGAUAAGUCUAUGAUUUCUUCGAGCCACAAAUUAGAGCGGGUAAUUUAAACCAGCUUUGCUUAUUAUAAGUAUCGUUUUAGAUCAUAUUUGAGUUUCAGUUAUGCAUAUUAAUUUUUUUAAUUAUAAAGGUAAUAUUACUUCCACAAAUGCAAACUAUAUGUGGUCCACGGCCGGUUUAACCCCUCAGUUUUUUUUUAUGAAUGAAAUCAUUCGAUGAAAGAAAUAAAGGAAAGCUAUGAUAAAAACUAUUCUAAAUUAAAAGUUUAUAUAUAUAUUUGUUUUGUUAGAGAACUAACAUAUAUAUUUAGUACUAAUCAAAAAUACUAUAGUAGACUAAAUAUAACCUUUGCUGCAUUAUAGGUAUUGUCUCUUAAAACAUGUUUGAGAUUAUAUCCUUAAUUCGUACAUAUAUAGAUUUGUUUUUUUUUCUAGUCAAUAACUAAACUAAGAAAGAUAAAAUUGUUUUUUUUUUGCGUUGAAACUAAAUUAAAAAUACGAAAAAUACUUUUGUGAAAAUAAACAAAAUCAUACUACAUUGUGAAAGCGGAUGUAGCCCUCACUAAUUAUUAGUCCAGUUUAUAAAUACGUGAGAAGAUAUUUAUCAUGAGAAACUAUGCUUAUGGUUAUCGAAAUCCUUCAACCAAAUUUAUCUUUACAUAGAAUUUAACAUACAAAAAGUAAAUAAUAAAAAAUGUAAAACAUACGAGGGUAUAUUGUUUGUUUGCCUUCUCUAAAGAGAGAGAUGAUCGUAGGUUUUUGUCAGGAUACAUGCAUCUAAUUAAAUUAUUGAUGUUUUAUAUUGUAAACUUUUUGUUCCUUUCCUCUUUUUUUUUGUCUUUUCCUGAGUUUUUUUUUUGUUUUAAUAUCUCCUCAAGUGCUCUGCAAGUUCACUGGGAAAAUCCACAAAAUUCAACUCCAUAUGUCAUCUCUGUUCGUAAAAACUUAUGUCUUCGAUAAUACAAUGUAUAUACUAUAUAGAAACCAAGCCUCUUCAAAAAUCUAUAAAGGAUGAUCAUAUGUAUAUUUUUAUUAUGAUUAGUUUUAAAAAAUCAUUCUUUGUUUCGUCGUUAAUAGUAAUUUACGAUAUUCUUAACAAGAUAAAAAAGUAUAUUUAAAGUUAAUUGAUUUGUUUGCGUUUAGCUCAGUUGUGCUUGUAAAGCAUAUCAAUAUGCGUGUGUGUGUAAUUUAUGGAGAAAAUGAGGUUCUUUUAGAAUACUAGGAAUCUAGGAUUAAGGAAAUAAGGUACUAGAGCAAUAUCUCCCACCCUAAUUCAUAUGUCACUCAAAAAUGAAAUUUGAAAUAAGAAAUGCUCAAACAUCACUUCAUUUUCUAUUCCAUAAUAGAGUAAAAUAAGCUUUCUCCAAAACUAAACUAAUACUUUAUUGUUUGUUUAUCAUUUCAUCGUUCAUCUCAAAAAGUAGUAGAGUAAUAAUAAACUUAAUUUUAUUUUAAGUUACUUUAUUUUAUAGAAAAAAAUAAAAUUUUACAUCGGAUGUGUUAUUAGACGCGAAGAACUUUUUCUCAUAAUAUAUACACUUACUUUUUAAAUAAGGGAUUCAAAGAUGUACAGUCUUGAAAAAGAAGUGGUAAUAACUUUUAAAAAAAAGUAUAGUUCUGAAAUGGAAGGAAUAUUAAGAAAUGAUAUUAUCGUCUAAUAUUAACUUCAACGGUCAGAUCACAUAUAAUACGACCUAGAGUAUUUUCUUGUGGACCUGGAGAAUAAAUAAGUCUGAUAAUGGUUACAACCCGAAAAAACUAAUGUUAUUAAUUAUCAUCUGAAUUCAUCAUUUUGGAUUAGAAAAAAAAAUCCAUCAUUUAGCUCUUACACAAAGACACAUUAUUUAUCAUGUAAGUAUAGAGUCCGUACAUGUCACAGAGCAGGACCACAUAUCUAUUAUUUUUAGACGAACAAAAUUAGUCUAGAAGUCUUACAAGAUUUAAGAUUUCAGGACCACAGAGAUCGUACAAGGUUUUUUUUUUCCAAGUCCAAAUCCAAGUUCCUCCUCUAUUUUUGUGAAGCCUUGUCCAUUUUUAGUCCAAAUCCUAACCUCUAUUCUAUUCUUAAUUAACUAGUUAAUGAUUUACAAUAUCUCUCUCUCUUAUAUAUAUAUAUAUAUAUAUACAUGUUUUUUUGGGAGAAAUUCUAUACAUAUUCUUUUCUAUCGUUUACUACUGAAGUUACUUUACCGAUCAGAUUACAUAUGACCUAGAACAUUUACCUUUUUUCCCACUAUAAAUAAAAGCAUAUAUAUAUAAUAGUAUUUCUACCGUUUCUAACUUUCCAAAAUUUCACUGCACACUAUAUAUUGUUAUGGCAUAUCUAAUUUAAAGUUUUAAAUCGUUUUAUACAAAAAAUAGUUUUAUGUGGAUAAAUUAAUAUCAAAGAAAUGUGCACACUUACAAAAGUGAAUAAUAUAUAUAUCUUCUGGAUAACUUAUCCCUAAUAUAUAACUCAAUCGACUGUUUUUGACGUCGAACAAUUUAUAUAAUUGAUGAUCACUUAAAUGGACUGAUUUUCAAUAACAUACUAGUUUAUGUUAUGGUGAUUUUCAAUAACAUAAUAGACAUUUAGAAUUUAACGUAGUAGCGCACAUAUUGUCAUAUGAGAAUAGAAUCACAGACUGAAAGUGCGUUUAGGAGUCCUACAUAUAGUUGCAGCCAAAACAUAUACUCAUAGCAUCGAGAUAUCAUAAUCUAUAUGACACAUGUGACGUCUCGUUUCGAUGCUCAUCGUAAUGUCCAAAAUAUAGACAGAGUUAAAUAAAUUGAAACUAUAGUAUAGGUAAUUCAGCAGCAAUCUAUUUCGGAAAUAUACAAUAGAACUUAAAUACAAAAAAAAAACUUAAAUGCAAUUUUUUUGAUAAAAUAUUAAAUACACACUUGCUUCAAAUAUGUAAACAGAUAAACUGGUUAAAUAUUCUGAUAAGCAAUAAUUGUAUAUAUCUAUAGACAAUUUUUUUCACUCUAGGAACAAAGGUUUCUUGUGGGUGGACAUGAACCUAAAAAGUGAAUUUUAUGUAGGCGGGUGAAACACAAGUAUUGUGAUAAGUAAUUAUGUUGAUAAACAAACAAAAGAGACACCAACUUGUGCCCUAAAAGCAUGACCACAUGCUGGUCGGUGUCUCCCUGAAUCCGAAUAAAUUCAAAUAAUAUAAGCUUGUAGAGACCUUUUUAUAAAAUAAAAAAAAAAUUGUGAGAAAAACUAAGAAUAUCAACUUGAUAGAAAAUGCCAAAUAGCAUUUAUAUAACAACAGAAAACUAUAAUUUUAUCGAUAUAUAUAUAUAUAUAUAUAUAUAUAUAUAUAUAUGUUACUAUUGGCAUAUAUGAUGCCAUUUCCUCUAUGGUCGCUUGAUAAGAUUUAGAUAGCAUCGUUAAUCAUGUUGCUUUAUUUUUCUACACGCGAGUAUAUAUGUUUUGUAGGUGAACAUAGAAAUAUCUUGCUAGACAAAACUGAUAUGAUAAGAACUUAUACUGUGAUAAAUGGAGAAACUUGAGCAUGGAAAUAUAUCAAAACUAGAUGAUUUUUGACUACUAGAAUUUUUGGAACCUUUCAAAAGUUGUACUUUUUCAGACACCAUUAGUUUGAUUUCAUUUAGAAAUGUAUUGGUUUCUAUGCAAAAAACUGAUUAAACUAAAUAUAAAUUGAUCAUAUACCAUUUCGUAGCUGAAACUAUACAUAUCACAGAUCCAAAGGUAUUAUUUAUAUAGCAAUAUAUAUUUAUGAAUAGAUCAAAAGGUAACUAAUUUUAGUUUCAUAUAAAUUAAAUAUGUAUGUGGUUCUAGCUGUAUUUGUUUGUUUUUUCAAAAAUAUUUUCUUAGUUAACUAUAAUCAUCCUUUUAAUAUCGUCAAAAAAUAUCAUUUAAACUUGUUAAAAAAGUCGCUCAUUUUAUACAAGUUGUGCUAUUUCCGUUCCAAGUAAACUUUUAUAUUUUCAUAUAUUUGAAUUAUAUUAGGGGGAGGAGAUUCUGCAGAUCUAGAAGUGUUUCUGACUGAUUAGAUCGAUUUGAUAUAACUGGGUAUUGUAUGUGUUCAAGUACCCCAGUUUUUGAUCCUUUACAAAAGAUUAUGCCUUUUUCUACGACUUCCUGACAGGUCUUAAAUCUUAAUAUGAAGGUUAUACAUUCCUAAAUACAGCUACACAAGCUUCCAUUUUUAAAAAAAGUUUCCUCACGUUUUCAUAUAUUAAUUAAUUCGCAGAACUAAUACUAAUUUUGUAAAGUAAUAUAUUUAAUAAAACAUAAUAAAAAGGUCCUUUUCUAAAAAAGGUCUUUUUUUUCUUUCUCAAAACACGUAGUUAAGUAGAUAAACGGGUAGCCAAACCCACAAUCCUAUCCAUAAUUCUGAAAAUUUGGGAUGGAUCAAACAAGCAAUGGAUCACUCUGGUAUUUUGAAUAAUAUGUCCAUCCCUUAAAACAAAAAAAAUUAGAAGAACUUUUUUAUUUUUACGUAAUAUCCAUGUUGUAUAGAAAAAAACACGGUACAACAUGAAAAAAAAAACAUUAAAACCAAACACAGCUAUACAUAUACAGGCAAAAACAGAGGGCAUCUGAAAAAAGCAAGUUGUCUCCGACUGUGUCUUUCUACACUCUACCUAUUGCAUACGUAUUCGCACACUCACCUAUGUACAGACUAUUUUAUUGUCCAUUUAAGUUACAUUCAUUCUCCCUAACAAAAAAAAAAAACCAAAAUACUUUUGAUCCAUCAGACAUCAUUGUACAUUGAAUAUACACUAAUUCGCAUAUUAAUGGCAUUUGUUCAUUUCACAUCUUAUUAUAAAAUAACAUGCAUGCAUAUGUGUUGCUCUACUCUCAUAAGUCGCUACUGGUAUGACCUAUGGUUAGUAUUUUGGAAAGAUCAAAGUAUUUGUGAGCAGUUAAUUUUAUAACACACUCACUUGAUUUGGUAAAUACUUAGUAAACUCCAAGAUGCAAUAGACAAUGGCCGUACCUUUGUUUAAAAAAAAAGACAACGACCGUCCCAAGAAGAAAAUGACUUUAUUAAUAUUCCGUUAUUAAAAAAAAAUUUACAUAAAAAUAUGUUCAAAAAAAAAAUUACACGCUUGAUCAGAAAUCUGGACUCGAUAUUUAUUUGUCAGCAUUUUCGUUAUUAUUUUAAAACACCUUGGAUCAACUAUGAUCAAAAGUAUAUUUUAAAAUCGUCGUUGGAGUUUGGUCAAAAAAAAAAAUCGUCGUUGGAGUCUUGAUCAAAAACAUGAUAAUAAAAUAUAACUUUACAGGAAGAACACAGUUAAAUCUUAACUGUCAAAUACAAAUUUAUAGGAAUCAACACAAAUAUGAUGAUAAAAUAUUAGUUAUAAUCAUAUUUUUGUUCAACUUACAAAAUAGAAACGAGUGGCUGCCCACUGUAAGCCAUGUUUCCCUAACGUCAUAUGCAAUAACUAAUUGCACGGUUUCUUGACCUUCAGUUUGGCUUUUCCUCCGUAAUUGCUCUUUUAUUUUUAUUUUGUCAACUCUAUAUGCUUAUUUAGAAAAAAGUAUGCACUUAUAUAUAUACCAUGUCAAAGAUUUGACUAAUAAUUUACCAAUCAUAUGAUACUUAUAAAGUUAAUAUAAAAUGCGAUAUUGGUGAUAUUAUUUUCAAAGUUAGUUAAUUUAUUUUUGAAAAUUAUAUGUCAGUUACUAGUUUAUUAAUCAAUUUAUUGAACGACUAACAAGGGUACAUUAAAGGGGGAAAAAAGCCACACUAAGUCUUGUCACUUCUUCCCUCGAAGCAUUUAUUUUUUGAGAGUAUUAAAUUAAAUGAUUUAGUUCACUAAUAUAUUACACUAUAUAGUAUAACAGAGCUCUAUGAACUAUAUCCAAAUUAAGUCAGAAACUAAUAUUAUAUCAUAAUUAAAUUUUAUUAAGUAAUAAUUAUCAAUAUGUCAAUGAUAUAUCCAUAUUUUUAUUUAUUAAUUUUCCCAUAAAUUGAUAUUUGUGAAAACUUAUUGUAAUGUAAAUGUAUUCAUGUAAAAUAUUUUUAGGGAACUACGGAGAUUUUCCGAAGUCAAAAAAAAAGGAUUUUCCUCGUUUCAUAAGUUUUAGAAACUUAGUUGCAAAGAAAAACAUUUUGACUUCAUUCGUGGAAGUGACAAAAAUAAUCUUUUAGGCGUCUCUGUUGCAUGACGCCAAAAAUAGUGUAUUUCACGGAAGAAAAUACAAAUAGGGAACGAUAAGGAAUUGAUUGGAUGUGUGGAAAUAUCUACAUAGUUAUUUUAAUAACUUUAAUAAAUUUGUUAAAUUCCAAUUUUCUUAACAGGAUGAAACCAAUUUUACUUGAGAAGCAGUAGAUUUGAAUUUUACGAGGUACUCUAUACUCAUUGUUUGGGAAAUUAAAAAUUAACAUAACAUUCCUGAAGGAGAGUAGAGUAGUUAUAAAAGGUUUGACAGCUCUUAUUUAUAUAUAUGUACAAACAAUAAAAUUAAUAUUUAGAUGUACUCUUUUUAUUUUAGUAUAAAUAUCAUUUUACCAUGCUUUAUACGAAAUAAUCAGUUUUGUUAGAAAUAAACAGUUACACGACAAUAAAAAUAAAA